CUCUAAAUUUCGCGCUUCAGCAUUUGAUUGCGGUAAAUAUUUGGCAUGCAAAUUGUGCAAUGGAGCUGCCAGUUUCCGAAUUUAAUAUACGUGAUUUGGUACGUGACCUAUACGGUCGUGCCUUAAGUACAAAAGGCUCAAAGCAGGAGCUACUCGACCGCCUAGUGGCAGCACGGCACGAGAAAGCCGAGGCACAGGCCCAGGGCUAUGUGCGACCCGGCCGGCCACCAGUUUCCAAAUUUGGCGUUUGUGUCCAACCGGAUGAUUUUGCCAAUAUUGAAUGCAUGACAGAUGAUGAGUAUACGGCGUAUUCAAAGAAGGUGCAAUGGCGUUUGCGGCGCGUACAUAAAACAUAUGAUAAUAUGGGUUUGGAGUACUAUCAUCCCGGAGUGCUGCAUCGCAUUGACCGAAGCAAGACAUAUACCCUGAACUUAAAUGAGUUUUGGGUGCGUAAGGAACCGUAUGUGCAUAAGAUGUUUGUUGUGUUUGUAACGCGUGCCAAUGCCGAGGAGCAGCGUCUGUGCUACGCCCGAAGCUUGGCCAUGCUGAGGGAUAAGAACUUGACUGUGGAUCGACUGAGAAUGCCUCUUAUUCGAAAUGAUGAAAUGGGCAAAGCUUUAUCAAAUAUCAUGCUGGAAAUCGAGGAUAAUGGCUUAGAGAAUUAUGUAGCUAUUGUUGCGCCCAAACAGCAAUUGCUUCUGCAAGCUCUGCAAGAGCUUAGAAGAGUGACUAGGAAAAAGUUGCCACCGAUUGUCUUGGAUAGUUGCCAAGUACACAAUAUAUUGGAAAACAAUUUUUGUGCAAAAUCUGCGCGUUGCCUAUAUCAGCUACAACAUGAGAGAUUUACGGAAAACACCUACAAGCAACAACUGGAACGAACUCAAGAAAACUACACACAAAAUGUUACUGCCGCUGCUUUGUUAAAGGAGUACAUGAAACCAUUGCCUGAUGUCCUGUUAGCCAUGUGGAAAGUUGAAGAGCAUAAAGGGCAGGCCAUAUGCUUGGCUCGUUUGAGUAACGAAAGAUUGAAUGUCUAUUGCGCUCAGGCGCAAAAUGAUUUACCGCCAAUAACAUUUGAAGAGUGCACAGCUGGCGCAGGUUUGCUCCAAUUGCUGCUCUUCGAUGCCUUGUGGUGUCUGUGCGAUGCCAAUGAAAUCGAGGAGAACAAUACGACGGCUAUACUAGAGCCGCCACUGCCCGAUGAGUGGCUGCCCUUAUUGAACUGACUUAUAGUAGGCGCUUAUCCCUCGACCCUCACUCGUAAAUAGAGCAGCUCACAAUCCAUAUAGCUGUCAAGUUUAUAUGUCUUUGAAGAUAAGC